AUGAAGGUGAAGAUGAUGAUGUUACUUUUUCCAAUCUUGGCCACUGCAACCCUCAAGCCAGACUCAGUGACUACAGAGACUACAGAGAAUGUGGCUAUACGUGGGAAGGCCACUCAGUCGGCCCUGUUUCCGGGGGAAUGGGCAGCGUAUUGCCAUGCAAGCAAUGCCAUCGAUGGGAACCGAGAUUCUGUUCAACGCCAUGGGUCCUGUACCCACACCACAAACGUCCCCAACCCCUGGUGGAGGGUGGACCUGCUGCAGAGCUACACAAUUACCUCCGUCACCCUCACCAACAGAGCAGACUGCUGUUCAGACAGAAUCACUGGAGCCCAGAUCCGCAUCGGAGACUCCCUGGCUGACAACGGCAUCAGUAAUGCCCUGUGCAGCACGGUUGACUACAUGGGACCAGGGGAGACUAAAACCUUUAAUUGUUAUGGACAAAAGAAGGGACGUUAUGUCACGGUGUACAUUCCAAAAGCAGAGUACCUUUCCCUCUGUGAAGUGGAAGUGAACGCUUUGGUAAGCACCAGCAUUUCUGUAUAG